ACAUAUAGGUCGCCUGGACAAAUGAUAAAGACUUUGUGAAGUGUGCCCUGUCUUGUACCACCUGAACAACGAUACCUGUCCGCCAUGUCGUCCUCCGUCUCGCUAGCCUUCCUCGGCUGUAUUCUGGCAGCAUCGUGCACCACACUGGUUGGCUACCCUCUUCAUGCAUCCUGUAAAACAGCACUAACAUUUGGAGUGUCAUGUGACACAGUUAGAACCAAGCUUGUGAGUCAGAUCAACCUUUGGAAAAGCAGAGAUUUGUGUAAGAUCAACACACCUGAACUCAACGAGAAAUGUUUAUACGCAAUGGUAUCAAGCGAUGCCUCUGUGCUGAAGGCCACGCACGAGACUCCUCUCCAUCCCUACAUUGAUGACAUCAGUUUUGCCUUCACCACUAAGGGAAGCGGAUGUGGCGUCGAAGGGUACUCUAGAUCAAGGACCUGGUACGCAUACCUGGACUCCGGAACAAACUACUGCAACAUGAAUAAUCUCGUUACAGGUUCCGGACUGAACACUUCAGUUGGAUACGCAGAGACAACGUCGGACGACAUAUGUACCCAGUACUCGUCAGCUAACUGUACCCGGUACUAAAUAGCUAACUGUACCCAGUACUAAAUAGCUAAUUGUACCCAGUACUAAAUAGCUAACUGUACCCGGUACUAUAUAGCUAACUGUAUCCAGUACUCAUCAGCUAACUGUAUGCGGUACCAAAUAGCUACCAGUGCGCAGAUAGAUGUUGUAAUAAAUGUUUUUGGUAAUAUUGUGUAUA